CCUUUCUGCUCUGGUUUAGAUUGUAACUACUAGAUUGUUUUGAGAUGAGUUGAGUUGAAAGCUUUGCCAGCUAGCCCCCCAGACUAAAAGUUCUCGCAGGGACAAGGUCUCUAAAAUGCUGAGGCUACAGGAUGGGCAGGGAGGGGAUUUGAGGAGCUGGUAAAUGUGGUGACUGGUAUCUAUCAUACAGGCAACUGUUAGGACAGGAUGCCAGAGAUGACUGAAACUCAGACCCCUGGUCGUAAACCCAAAAAGAAGAAAAAUAAAGAAUCUCACAAUGCAGUUGAGAGACACAGAAAAGAGAAGAUCAAUGCUGGGAUUAACCGCAUUGGCAAUCUACUGCCAUGCUCCCAGGCACUGAAACAGAGUAAGAAUAUGAUCUUGGACCAGGCUUUUCGCUACAUCACAGACCUGAAGAAGCAAAAUGACACAAUGCUUCUUGAGGGAGGCGAUAAAGUGCAAGCGGAGGAGAUUCAGCGACUGCGGCGUCAACUAGAGGAGCUGAGGAAGGAGAGUGCUCACUACAUUGAGCUCCUCAAAGCUCAUGAUAUCAACUUCCUGGAAGAUCCCACCAUCCACUGGAAGGGCAAACAGCGCAGUGCAAAGGUGGCCAAGGUGACACCCACUCACCAACUUCCGAAGGGCAUUAUUGUCUACUCCAAUGGGAAUGUAAUGUGCCCUGCUGGAAAGGAGACUAGUCCGGGGAAACAGCCUUCUGAAACGUUAGUUGUUCAGCCAUCUCCUGAGGUCGCUACUAGGGUGAGGGUGAAUGGAGCCCUGCUGCAGGUUAACACCUCUUCCCCUGCCCCUUCGCUUCUUCCUGGGGCAGCCAUUACCCCCUCCCAGUCUACGCCAGGCCUGAGGGUUGUAGAACAGUGUGUGGUUGAAACUCCAGCUGUAGCCCCCACUCUGCCACCCUCUGUGUCCUACAUCACGCUCCAGAUCCCUGCUGUCACUACCGCCCUGCCCCAGCAACCUCUGCCUGCCACCCCAGCGCAAAGCCUGAAUAUAGCAGCCAGUCCAGCCUCACAGCUGUGCACUCAAAGCCCUGUUCAACCUAUCUCCAGCCUUACCACCCUUCCCCAGAAUAUAACCACAUCCAGACCAGUAAUGUCAGAAGUUCACUCUUUGGUUACACAGGACACUGCCAUCAGAACUGUGAGCUACACAACUAUUCCUAACAAUUCAGCCCUUCUUAGAGCUGGGGCAGCAGGCAGCACACAGACUACCUGGACAACACUGCAACUGGCAGGGAACACAGUGCAGCCUGUCUGCCAGAGUCUCUCCACCCCAGAGGUCACCAACACCAGCCAGGCUGUCCAGCAGUUGACUGUGUGUCCUAUGGGCAACAAACCUUCCGUUCAGCCCAUUCAGAUACAGAUGCAACCUCAGGUACCUGUGCAGCAGGCACCCAUCACAGCCCACAUUCAGGCGCAGCCCAUUCAGAGGUCUCCCCAGCUACAGCCAGCCAUCCUUACCCAGACACAGCCCCAGCCUGUUCUGGCCCCCCAGCCUCAGUGUGCUGUUCUCCCGCAGUCAGCUGUAGCGCCCCAGCCAGCUGUAGUGGCCCAUCCUGCUGUGGUGUCACAGCCCCAGCCUCCUGUACUUCAACCAGCGUCAGUGGUUCCACAUCCUUCAACUGCCCUUAUCCCUCAGCCCCAGCGUCUCCCACAGCCAGCCCUAGUGCCCCAGCCACAGGCUACUGUGCUGCCACUGCUCCAGACCAUGCAAGUACUGCAGGUCAAUCCAACUGGGGCAGCAGCUUCUGGGGUUACUGCUCCACAGAACACCAACAAUCCAAGCGUGGUCAUCCUACAACAGGCCAAUGCUUGCCCUGCCCAGACGGUGGUGAGGGAGGAACUAGCCAGUCAAACCCCAUGUCAGCAUAUUGUAAUCAUUCAAGCACCCAAUCAAACAGCACCUGCCCCUCAGAAUCCUCAGGUUGGCAUGGUGCCUGCUGUUGUGCCCACUGCAGUGCCUGCUGUACCCACUCAAAUUGCCACAACCAGCUGUGCAACCUCUACCACUUGCUUACAGACUGUUGGAGGAAAGCAGCUGGUGCACAUCCUACCACGUCCUGUUCAGCCCCAAAUAAACCAGCCCCAGCAGGUCACCCAGGCUUCCUCAGCCCAGCCAGUUCCUCCAACCCCACAGACUAUCACUGUGAAUGGCCAGGUGUUUGCCCUACAGCCCAUGAAGACUUCAGACAAAUCUGGGCUUCAGGGUGCCCAGAGUACACUCCAACUGGUCCAGCCCACCACCACUGAGGAACCAACCACCAACGUGGCCCUCAACAGUCUGGGGGCCCUCAGCAGCCUCAACCAGAGCAUCUCUCAGGGCCUUCCACUCACCAUCUCUAGCCAAAACAGUGUUCAGCUUCCUGCUGCUCCAUCUUCAGCAGUCCAGCAGAAACAGCAGCAGCAAGCUCCUACCCCUGUCACCGUUCCUGGAGCUGCACUCACCCUCCCUGUCCGGCAGCUACAGGUCCCAGUCAAAGUAGGGCCAGUGGUUAAUGCCGCUAAGGCCUCAGGGAGGAGGCCUCGCACAGCUUUGAUUUCUAAAAGAACAACACCCAAAAGGACCAAGCCACCUAAGAAGAAAGAACUCAAAGAGGCACGGACAGCUGUCACCAUUGCAGCCAAGCCAGUGCCUGCUGCGGCAGAAAGUCAAACAGUUGAAGUGGCAGUAUCUCAAGUUGUCCCGUCUUCAGGUGUAACAGUCACUGAUAUUCCUGUAGUUAGUGUUACAGCUGUUACAGCGACAACUUGUAGUGAGGUAUCAACACAGAGCAAAACUGUAGGAAAUAGUGACACUUCAACACAAGGCCCACUGAAAAUGAUCACCAUUUCCAUUGUCCCUCAGAGCAAAUCUAUAGCUUGUGUUAGCACAACACAGAGCGAAAUUAUUUUCAGUCAUGCUAGCACAAGUGUCAACGUAACUGAGGUCACAACUGUCAGUGUCACAGCAGUCAAGCCAUCUGUCAGUGCAGCUGUGGCCAUUGAGUGUAAACCAGCCUUAGUGACUGGCAACAACUCCAUUGUAACCAAACCCACAGCUCCACAGGGGAAACAAUCAGUCACCACUACAGCAGCUAGCAUGACACAAACUAGAUCAGCUGCCACCACUGCGAGUUCUAGACAGAGCAGGUCUGUGGUCAGUGGCGCAGGUGCCACUGAGAGUCAGUACACGUCCCCGAGUGAGUCUGUUGCCAGCUCUCCUCCAGUCUGCAAUUCCAGUGUUACCAACAGUGCACCAGUGAUUUCAGUCCAGGCUAGCCAACCAACAGUGUGUCAGUCCCAUACAUCUAAUGCUCAGGGUUCUCAGCCUCGUCUGAAGCCUGAGUCACAGCCCACCACCUGCCCCUCUGUGUCAACUACUGCAAUCUCAUCCGCUGCCCCAACAUUUUCCACGGCCUCUGUUACAGCUCCUGUAAGUUCAGAGUUCAGGAAAAGGGUCACUGUCAGUAAAACUGUGACACAGCCUGGCCUGAGCUUGUCCAACCCCUCCUCCUCUCAUCCUGCUGAAGUCAAGCCACCCCACCAUCCUGAAGGUGACAGGGAGGCCCAGAAAGAGGGACAUCCCACAGCAGCAACAGGAAAAAAUGGCAUGGUAUCUGCUGCUUCUGCUGAGACUUCCUCUAGAAAGGACUUUGCACUACCUCAGCAGGUAUACACUAACCUAGAUCAUGAAACUAUGGAGCAUCCUAUGACUUCAAGCAGACAGACAGAUUCUCCCAUGUCUGCGGGGGCUGGGGCAGGGAGAGGGUUCUCCGUGGCCUCCAUGCUUCCCCAGGGCCACAAUAUCAGUGCCUCAUCUGGCUCCUUCGGAACAUUUUCAUUCACUACUGAGCAGGCGGAGAUGCUGGCCUUGGCCAUGCUAGAACAGGAUAGUCCUGGGAGGAGGAAUGGAGGAUGCCCUGGGGAGAACACUACUUCAAACCCAACCACAGCAGCUUGGGAGCCCCCCAAGACCCCACCAACCUCUACCAGCAAAGAAAGAGGCUCGGCUGGACAGCAUGCAAAGGUAACCAAGCCCAUGGAUACAGCAGUAGUUAAACCGCCAACUCAGGUGUCUGUCAGAGGACAGGUUGGAGAGGGGGCUGUCAGUGGGCCCACCGGAGCCAGACAUCCACAAAACAUCUCAUAUUCCCAGUCUCAGUCCCUCCCCCAAGUCCAGUCUCAGAGCCAGCCCCAGAGCGGCACUGUGGCUAGCCUUAGUGUCAACAAUCUGAUCAGGCCCAGCUCCAGCCAGCAGCCUUAUCCUGGGUCCCCCAGCCUGGCUGGCCAACAGGCCUCAGUUCCAUCACCUGUGGGCACCUCAGCCCACAUAGCCCAAUCCUCUAACAACACUCUCCCACCCUGUUCAGGUUCAGCCCAGAAUGAGUACACUCCCCUGAAGAGUGCUCUGAUGAGGGUGCAGACUGUCAAUUUGGGCGAGCGGCAUGUAAAGAAUGUUUCCAAGCGCCAGGCACAGGAGGAGGUGAUGCUGUCCUCUGGUAAACGACCCAAGCCUUGCCCUCCAUCAGCCACUGUGGGCCGUAUGGAGGUAAAAGCACCAGACCACAGCCAAAUGAUGGUGGGCCAGCUGCCCCCCAGUUCUUCAGCCAUCAUGACUAGGAUCAACCCUGAAGGCGGAGGCCCGCUUUUCUCCACAAACUCCUUCAUGAGCACAGUUUUACGGCCCACUGAUGGCCACUGCCCUCCUCAGGGACCCCCUGAGCAGAACCAGCCAGGGGUGCUUCAUCUGCCCCAGGGUCACCCGCAGCAUGCUGGCCAGCAUCUUGGUGGGAACCCUUACAUGAAACAACAGCAACAACAAGAGCAGCAGAGACACCAUCUGUACCAAUUGCAGCACCACUUGACACAGCCUGACCCUGCGCAGCUCCAUUCUCUCCACCAGAGGGCACUGCAGCAGCAGCAGCAACAACAACAACAGCAGGACCAGCAGCAUGCCCAGAAGAAGAGGGGACUGGUUAGAGGUAGUCAAACUGGUUCACCUGCUGGCCUGCAACAGAAACAGCAUCACCUGGAAAAGUCUGGAGUUCAGCAGCAGCACCCACACCAACAGCAACAGACACAGCAUCAACAGCAUACACAGCAGCAGUCCCAACAGCAUGCACAACAACAGCAACAACAGUCCCACCAACAGUCACAACAGCAUCAACCACAGACUCAACACCAACAGUCUCAUCCACAACAGCACCAACAGCAGACUCAGCUUCAACAGCAGCCCCAGACACAACAUCAACAUCAACAGCAGCAGCAGCAGCAGUUACAGCAGCAGCAGAGCUCGCACUCCAGGCACCAGCAGCACAUACAGCAGCAGAUCCAGCAACAACAGCAGCAGCACUUUCGACAUCAGGACAAGAGCUGUGAGGCCCAAGCAGCAGGACCUAGAGGCCACCACGGCAGCCACCUGGCUCCGCAAGAGCACCUUAAGCCUGGUCAGGACCAUAAUGCCAUGCAAAGGUUGAUGAACUCUCGGAAUCUGGAGCAACAGCUCAUCUCCCAGCCCAGCAACCCUGUGUCCCGGCCCUCUGACCUGGCCUGCGCUCCAUCACGCCAGGAACGCCACCGUGUUUCCAACUACUCUGCUGAGGCACUCAUUGGUAAAAGCUCCACAAGUGGUGAACAGCAGCAGCGUAUGGGGCUUCAUCUUCAGCCUGGCCGCGGAGGCACACAAGAACAGCCAGACCUCAGGGGUUACCUGGACACAUCUAGAGGAAAGGCCAACAUCGGACACAACCCCCAGAACCGGCUGCCUCAAGACCAUCCUGGGUCUGCUGAUGUUCAGCGGGUUUCAGAAUGCCCCCCAUUCAAGACCAUGGGAGGAGGAGGAGGGCAUCAACUGGGUGGCUUUGAGGCUCAGGUGUCACGGGGAGGAGAGAUGACACCCAAGUCGGUGCCUCCCUCACAGAGAGGGCCUCAGGGGCAGCAGCAGGUGGGAUUCAGGAUGGGGGUAGGCCCUCCAGCUGAUGGCAGGACACGUGGCGGGUACGGUGGAGCUCACCCUGGAACUCAGGGAGUACAGAUAGGAGCCGGGCUGCCCCGAGAGCAGGAGGGUUGUCACCAGAGUUUCAUGCAGAGCCUGCUCUCCCCCCAUCUGCCCGAGCAGAGCAAUCACCAGCGAACAGUGCAGUGCUGCCCCCCAGUUAGUAUGGAGUAUAGCUGUGUGCCUGGAAGCUCUUCAGGAGACAUGCAGGCCAAGGCCUCUAGCCCCAGUGUGCCCCAGACACAGAAAACCAUGCGGCUUGGGGAGGGUAACAAGGGCCACAUUUCUCAGGUCAGUGGUAACAUGCAUGGAGGACCAGGCGUCCGAGCAAGUCUCCCCCAUCCUCCAACCCCACAAAGCAGCUCUGAACCAGGCCGUUCCUCAGCCCCCUCUAGACCACCCACCGCUGUUAGCCAGCGUUCUCGCCACAUUGCCCAGGAGAACCAGCCCUCCAAGCUUAGACCCGGUGACCGGCCCCGAUCAGGUACCCUGAGACAAAGCAACCCCUUUGAGCCUGAGGGACACCUGUCUCUUCCCUCUGGAGGAGGGGUGCUGCUCAGCAGACCACAGUCUGGAGGAGAGGCUCGUCGCAGUAUUGUUCGCUUUAUGACAGACAGUGCUCAGGUUACCACUGACAACAACCUGGUGCCUGACCAGCAUCUAGCCCAGAACUUUGGUUUCCCCUUUAUUGCUGAGGGAGGGAUGAACCCUCCGCCUCCCAUCAAUGCUAACUCCACAUUUAUCCCUCCAGUCAGCCAGCCCAGUGCUUCCCGUACCCCUGCCCUCCUGCCUGUGGAGCCCCAGAAUACCUUACCCUCCUUCUAUCCUUCUUAUUCUCCAGCCGCCCAUCCCAGCCUUCCCAGUGACAUCCCCCUUCAAUACUUUUCCAACCAGAUGUUCACUAGCCCCAGUGCUGACAAGGGCAGCGCUGCCCCACUUAACAAUCGCUUUGGCUCCAUCCUUUCCCCUCCUCGCCCUGUGGGUUUUGGCCAGACCAGCUUCCCUUUGCUCCCAGAUAUGCCCCCUAUGCCCAUUGCCAACUCCUCUGGCAUCACCCCACACCUGUCUAACUUUAGCCUCACCUCUCUGUUUCCAGAGAUCGCCACAGCCAUGCCAACUGAUGGUUCAGCCAUGCCCAUGUCUCCCCUGCUAUCUCUCUCAAACACCUCAUCUGCCGACUCUGGCAAGCAGCCCAAUCGGCCUGCUCACAACAUCAGCCACAUCCUGGGCCACGACGGCAGCUCUGCUGUGUGAAAAAAGGCCCUGCUGCAUUUUGAAUGCCAUGUUCUGGAUUGCUUCAAGCUUAAUUUGUUUGAGACUUUGUGUUAAUGUGCAGAAGUUCAGUUAAUGGUAGAGAAGCACUUGAUGUCUGAUUGCUGAAAAGCGGACUAGGUUGAAAAUAUGUGGUUGACACACAGUGUCAGGUUGAGCUGGAGGUGUUUUUCAUGGUUUAUGUGUUUACACACACUUUCUAUAUUUUCCUUUGACAUUUGAUGUCUUAAUUAUAAUUUGUAAUAUUUCUUAAAUCUUUUGAUUUAGGAGAAAGGGGAGGGCUGUCUUUGAAAGCCCUUCAUUUGAUAUGUUGGUCAGACUAUCUGAUAGUAAAACAAAAUCACGUUUAGGAUUUGGAUUUACUGUAACCUCGAAGAGAGGGACAUUAAAAAGCUUCUGCACAGUACCCACAAAAUGUAAUUUACUAACUUAUAUCAGGUUGUGCUGUACAGAAUCCAUUUUUUUCAAGAACUAUUUUGUAAAUACUAAUGUUUCAUAUGAAAUUGUUAGAAUAUGUAUCUAUUUGUAAAUACAAAGUUGAUUAAUAAAGUUUAUAAGGAGACCUUUGUAUUUGCUGUCAA